AGCAAGCUGUAUGGAAAUGGAAAUGAUUUCCCCGGAAAACAACCCAAACAUGAUCUAUCCGAGCCUCAUAGUUACCAACAACAUCAGCAGCACUGCAACUGCGCCUCCUCCGACCACUCCGAGUCGCUACGAGAACCAAAAGCGUAGAGAUUGGAACACAUUUUGUCAAUACCUGAGAAAUCACAGGCCUCCAUUGUCACUUUUAACGUGUAGCGGAGCUCAUGUCCUUGAGUUCCUUAGGUACCUCGAUCAGUUCGGCAAGACCAAAGUCCAUAACCAGACUUGCCCCUUCUUUGGCCUCUCGAACCCUCCUGGUCCUUGCCCUUGUCCCCUUCGACAAGCCUGGGGUAGCCUCGAUGCACUCAUCGGUCGACUCCGGGCUGCUUACGAGGAGCAUGGAGGUGUGCCGGAAAGGAACCCUUUCGGAGCUCGAGCUAUUAGGGUUUUCUUAAGGGAGGUUAAGGAGUUUCAGGCCAAAGCAAGAGGAGUUAGCUAUGAGAAAAAGAGAAAGAGAGGUAAGCAGAAUGUUGUUGCAUUGCCGUCGGCUCCACCACCAGCUACGCCGCCAGCGAAACUUGCCGGUGCCACAGCUACAAGUAAGUGGCAAACUAAUGAAAUUUAG